AUGGCAUCUCGAGCAGCCAAUACCCGACGAACAGCAAGUCGAACACGUAACGACGAGAAUGCCGCUCCCACUCAAGCUGGUCUCCGAACCAAAACAUCCUUAUCUCACUUGGGUCCCGCCCAGAAAGUAUCAGUCGCUUCUACGUCUGGUACAGCUGGAGCAGUCAAGAAGCCCGUGGCUGUCAAAGCCGGCGCCAAGAGAACUGCUUUGGGUGGUGUGGUCACCAACGUAGUGAAGGAGGAGCAAUACGAAGAUGAGAAGAAACCUCUCAAAGCGGUUGGUAAACCAACUACGGAACUCAGACAACCCCUCGCAUCACGAACCAACAAUGUCCAACCUACUCGACCCAUCGCUUCCAUCCCUCAUCGAUCCAAACCCACUUCAUCAUCCCUAUACACCUCUGAACCAAGCCUCAGCGUGAAAAGCGAGGAUCCCUUAUCUGAGAUGGACGUUGAUCCAUCCAAGUCUACUGCUGCCGCGCAGAUGCAAAUGCCCAUGCAGAUGUUGACGGUCGACGAAGAGGCCUACGAGGAUGAAUCCGAAGAAGAGAUGGAGGAUGAAGAGGAGGAAGAAGAUGAAGAAGAUUGGUUGAGAAUGUCCGAAGAAGAUGCGUACAGAGCUCAAGAACAACUUGAUAUGAUUAGAUCAACCUUCAAAGAUGAUGUGGACCUUUUCGAUACUACCAUGGUAGCUGAGUAUGCCGAUGAGAUCUUCAACCAUAUGGAAGUAUUGGAAGAGUCUGUUAUGCCCAAUCCAAGAUACAUGGAUUUCCAAACUGAAAUCGAAUGGACUAUGCGAACUACCCUUAUCGACUGGUUACUCCAAGUACAUCUCCGAUACCACAUGUUACCCGAAACCCUAUGGAUCGCCGUCAACCUUGUCGACCGAUUCCUCUCUGUCCGAGUAGUCUCUUUAGUCAAACUUCAACUAGUCGGUGUGACAGCCAUGUUCAUCGCUGCGAAAUACGAAGAAAUCUUGGCUCCUUCAGUAGACGAAUUCGUCUACAUGACCGAGAACGGUUAUACCAAAGAUGAAAUCUUAAAAGGCGAAAGAAUCAUCCUGCAAACUUUAGAUUUCACCAUUUCAUCUUACUGUUCACCUUACUCUUGGGUAAGGAAAAUCUCCAAAGCCGAUGAUUACGAUAUUCAGACUCGAACUUUAUCAAAGUUCUUGAUGGAAGUCACAUUGUUAGAUCAUAGGUUCUUGAGAUGUAAACCAUCGAUGAUUGCUGCUAUUGGUAUGUACCUAGCUAGAAGGAUGUUGGGUGGUGAUUGGAACGAGGCUUUCGUCUUCUAUUCUGGGUUUACCGAAUCACAAUUAGUAGCUGGAGCAAGUCUGUUAUGUGAGAGAUUGGUCGAGCCUGAUUUCGAAACCGUUUACGUGUACAAGAAAUACGCCAACAAGAAGUUCUUGAGAGCCAGUACGUUCGCCAGAGAUUGGGCUCAAAACAACGCUGCGACGGCUUUCUAA